AUGAAAAUUGGGAGUCCAGAAAUCGAUGUGACGGUCAUGGACCAGCAAGAAGUUCACUGCGACUUGGCAAAUGAAUUUGAUUUGGACUUCAAUAUGACCGCGCCGAAUAGAAUCAUCAUGAAUAUAACAGAAUCGAUGAGUGCAUCUGAAUUGAAAUCGACAUUUAAUGCGAGCUUGGUCGUUGACUCAGAAAAACGAGUUGGAGGAGAAGUGAAUGUCAAAAUUGAACCGACUUUCUAUGGCGACUAUAAAUUUGCCAAGUGUUUUCAAGAUCAUAAAAAUCGAACAAUCUUCAAAUUUAAAAUGAAUCCUUGA